CACUAUUCAUAGCGUUAUAACAAAUCAUUCACAAUAUUAUUAUCGUUUCAUUUCAAUCACUCUUUCAUUUGUUUCAAUGGUUUUUUGUUUUUCAACAAAUUUAAUGUUAUAUUAGUUUUAUUGGAAACUAAUUUCAUAUAUAAUUGUUUAUAUAAUUAUUGAUUAUUAAAUAAUUGUAUAAAUCGGCGGACAAUAUGUGGAAAGUGAGGGAACUCUACGACAAGGCCACAAAUAUUGUGAUGAAUUACACGGAGGUUGAGGCCAAAGUGAGGGAAGCGACAAACGACGACUCGUGGGGUCCGACGGGUCAACAGAUGAAUGACAUCGCUUCGCAUACCUUCACAUACGAACACUUCCCGGAAGUGAUGGGAAUGCUGUGGAAGCGUAUGCUUCAGGACAACCGAUCCAAUUGGCGCCGAACUUACAAAUCGCUUCUUCUGCUCUCAUAUCUGGUGAAGAAUGGGUCGGAAAGAGUGGUCACAUCUGCGAGAGAGCACAUCUACGACCUCCGAGGAAUGGAGAACUACUCAUACAUGGAUGAAAUGGGUAAAGACCAGGGCAUUAAUGUCAGACAUCGCGUCAAAGCGCUGAUUGACUUCAUUCAAGACGACGACAAACUCAGGGAAGAGAGAAAGAAAGCCAAGAAAACUAAGGAUAAGUUUAUUGGCGUCGCGUCCGACCAAAUGGGUCUACAAAACAAGUAUAACGAUGGCUGGUAUGACCCGCCGUCACGAAAACAGGACUUUGAUGAGGAAAACUAUGGCCGCAGUGAACGCAAGCCUAAGAAAUUUGAGGACAAUGUGAGCGAAAACAGUUUCGAAGACAAACCCGAAUCGUUUGAUUCCGAGUCGUUGGGAGAAUCAGUCAUACUCUUCGUCAUACCAUUCUCUGUCCAUUCGCCGCUCUUCCUCCUCAUCGUUCUCCCAAUCGUAAGGAUUGUCCGUAUUUUUGCGUUGAUGUCCCCAAUGGGUUGGCGUCGGUUUCGGUGUCCCCGGGUCCAAAUGGGUCUACAAAACAAGUAUAACGACGGCUGGUAUGACCCGCCAUCACGAAAGCAACUGAAACUACUCCUUUUGAUACCGGCGUCACUUGCGUUCGGAUUCUUUAAACUCCUGUUACACUCGCUUUUCGAUGCGUCGGCCGUCAGUCCGAAGCGAACCGUUAAGAAGGACACCGUAAAGAAGAUAGAUAUGGGAGCAGCUGUUAAUUUUGGUAAAAACGAUACCAACUCUACACACAAACACACCUCAGGUCUGGUCGAGACCGAGCCAUCCGUCGGGAACAGCAAUAAUGUUAAUCAGAAUCAGAAGUCCAGCGAACUAUUAUUGGAAGAGAUAUUUAACACAACCGCUGAUGUCUUCACUUCAAGUGUUAAUAAUAAUAAUAAUUUAAAUUUAACUAAAAAUCUAAUGAAUAGUAAUAACAAUAUUAAUAAUAAUAGUUUAGAAGAUUUUGCGGAUUUCACGGCAUUUCAGAGCACUUCUGUGGCCAACAAUUCCUCUGUCGACGAGUUCGCGGACUUCACCACAGCUUUGGGUCCAACCGCCGCUCAAACGUCACAAAACUUAUUGUCUGACAACUCAUUUCCGAUGCAAUCAACGAAUCCUUUUGGGGGAACCGCCAGUACUUUGUCUUCAAUGCCAUUGAGUCCACUAAUGAGCUCAAACCCAAUGUCCGGUGUCCUCACGCCUACGCCUACGAACGCACCGAUGAAUGCGAGCGCCAACUCAACCGACAUGUUCUCCAGUUUCGAUGACAAGGAUGUGAGCGCUUCGACUAACGUAUCGCAAAACAACACAUGGAGUGACUUAAGCAAAAAUGUCAACAUUAAUGUCGAUAAUCUUAUGGGCAGUAAAUAUGAGAAACAGAACGCGCCGUCAAUGAACCAAUUGGCCCGACAGGUGAACAACCUGUCGGUCGGCCCAUCAGCUCAACCACCGAUGUCUCCGACCAACCAUUUUGGUUUUGGAUUAACUCCCACUCCUAUGCAGAGACCAUCAGAUAUCAAUUCUAUACGAACGCCUCAAAUGCAAAACUCUGCACCCAAUCAAUGGCCUAAUGAUAAUAGACAUGGAUUUGGAGGUUUGGGAGGCCUGUAGUGUAUAAUUUAAUGUAUUGUAUAAAGUAUUUAAUGUAAUGCUUUUGCAAUCAAAGAGACAGUUUACAAAUUGUUAAAUUCUAUUAUUGGUUACAUCAUUGCAUUGCAAACUAUUUUCUAAUUUAAUAAUAAAAAUAUUGUGUAAUUUUUCAUAAUAUCAUCAGAAAAUUUAUAUAUAAAAGUAUUUCUAAAUGCAUUACAUUCCGAAUGUGUCGCUAUUUUAGACAAUUUUAAUUAAAGGUUUACAAAUAUGUGAUAUCUUUUUAACAAAAUAACCAUUGGUUACUAAUUUCUAUUAAUUUUCUUUUCGAAGCCAUAAUACAGUAUAAAACGAUAUUUCAUAUAAAUUAAUAUAAAUAACUGCAACUUUGGGUCAAAUGGGAGACUGAAAGGACUUUUAAUUUCAAACGCUAUUUAAUUUUUACUACAAAAUCCGAUUCUUAUAUUAUUAAUUAAUAUUAUUAUUAUUUACAAAUAUUUCAUUUAAUUAUUAUUUUUGUUUAAUAUUUUAUUCAGUUUUAAUGUUUUUUAAACAAAUUUCUGUAAUAAAAUAAAAAAUAUGAGAAAGCAUUUUAAUGAA